AAACGUGAAAGAAACAUACGAGACAAUGAAAGAGUUACUCAAACUGAUUCACUACAGUUCUUAAUACUGGAAGAUAUGUUGUGACUUGAAGGUCGUCGCUAUACUCACUGGUCUACAGGGUGGCUAUACGAAAUACAGCUGUUUCUUGUGUCUCUGGGAUAGCAGAUCAGAUGAAAAGCAUUUUACUCAACGCGAGUGCUUUAGCAAAAAAUCCGGAAAAUAAAGCCUUGAAAUAUUUGAGGACGGUGUUUCCUAAACUGUCGACAGAAAAAAUCAAAGCAGGUAUAUUUGUCGGGCCACAAAUCAGAAAAUUGUUUGAUGAUGCAAAAUUUGAACGACGCUUGAACAAAUCUGAAGUAAAAGCUUGGACUGCCUUUGAACAAGUUGUUCACGGUUUUUUGGGGAACCACAGAAGCAAAAACAACCGUAAAUUGAUUGACAAUUUGAUGAAAAACUUCAAUGCCAUUGGUGCUCGAAUUUCUCUGAAAAUGCACCUGCUCAAUAGUCAUUUGGACUUUUUUCCACCGAAUUUGGGAGCUGAGAGCGACGAACAAGGCGAAAGAUUUCACCAGGGCAUUGCAACAAUCGAAAAGCGGUAUGAAGGUUUCUGGGAUCAGGCCAUGAUGGGCGACUAUUGUUGGAUGCAACUUCGAGAAGACAGAAUGGAACACGACGAAACGAAGAAGUUUGAGAGAAAAAUCAUAUUUUCGACCUGAACUAACUUCUACAUUUCUUCUUCGAUCGCAGCAAUAUUUAGCUUAAAUUGUAUGUGACAGAAUUGUCUUCAAAUUGUUAUCAUAUAUAUCUGCAUUAAAAAUUUUUAUCUUAUGAAAAAAAACAAUAAACCUCAUUCAUUUCCAAAAAGGCUCAAAAAAUGACAAUUUUUUAUAUUUGAACAGCUGCUGUGGAAGUAAUAACCACUAGAUUAC